CUCGCGGGCCACGCCCUCCGGCCCCUCUGGGGGCUCACGCGCAACGGAGGGGUGGAGUCUCCCUCCUGACCUUUCACCCCAGCAUGGCUGCGCCCUUGGGACCGGUGAAGUUCUGGCGACCCGGUACAGAGGGACCAGGUGUCAGCAUCUCUGAAGAGAGACAGAGUCUGGCUGAAGACUCUGCACCACCUGUUGUCUACAAUCCCUACGCCACCCUUUCUAUAGAGCAACAGAGGCAGAAGCUGCCGGUGUUCAAGCUUAGGAAUCAUAUAUUAUACUUGGUAGAAAACUAUCAGACAGUGGUGAUUGUUGGAGAGACGGGAUGUGGGAAAAGCACGCAGAUCCCACAAUACCUUGCAGAAGCGGGCUGGACUGCCGAAGGAAGAGUGGUGGGAGUGACCCAGCCUCGAAGAGUGGCUGCUGUUACAGUUGCAGGGAGAGUAGCCGAGGAAAGGGGUGCAGUGCUGGGCCACGAGGUGGGCUACUGCAUCCGCUUUGACGACUGCACCGACCCACUGGCCACGAGAAUCAAGUUCCUGACUGAUGGAAUGUUGGUCAGGGAAAUGAUGGUUGAUCCAUUGUUAACAAAAUAUAGUGCCAUCAUGCUGGAUGAAGCCCACGAGAGGACCUUGUACACAGACAUUGCCAUUGGCUUGCUGAAAAAGAUUCAGAGAAAGCGAGGGGAUCUUCGAUUGAUUGUAGCUUCAGCUACUCUGGAUGCAGAGAAAUUUCGGGAUUUCUUUAAUCAGAAUGAAACCAAUGACCCAACGAGGGAUACUUGUGUGAUCCUUACAGUAGAAGGGCGAACAUUUCCAGUGGAUAUCUUUUAUCUACAAAGUCCUGUUCCAGAUUAUAUCAAAUCAACUGUAGAAACUGUGAUGAAAAUUCACCAGACAGAGGGAGAUGGAGACAUACUAGCAUUUCUGACUGGACAGGAAGAGGUGGAGACUGUCGUGUCAAUGCUGAUUGAGCAGGCUCGGGCGCUGGGUCGAACUGGGAUGAAGAGACACCUCCGGGUUCUCCCCAUGUACGCAGGACUACCUUCCUUUGAGCAAAUGAAAGUGUUUGAAAGGGUGUCCCGCAGUGUCAGAAAGGUGAUAGUGGCCACCAAUGUGGCCGAAACCUCCAUUACAAUCAGCGGGAUUGUGUAUGUGAUUGACUGUGGCUUCGUGAAACUCCGAGCCUACAAUCCCAGGACGGCCAUUGAGUGCUUGGUGGUGGUCCCGGUGUCCCAGGCAUCAGCCAACCAGCGUGCAGGACGUGGUGGCCGCAGCCGCUCGGGAAAAUGUUACCGCCUUUAUACAGAGGAAGCCUUUGACAAGCUGCCUCAAUGCACCGUCCCUGAGAUGCAGCGUAGCAAUCUGGCGCCUGUCAUCCUACAGCUGAAAGCGCUAGGGAUCAACAACGUCCUCAGGUUCCACUUCAUGUCGCCCCCCCCAGCCCAGUCGAUGGUUCAAGCGUUGGAGUUACUCUAUGCCCUGGGAGGUCUGGACAAAGACUGUCGCCUAACUGAACCGCUUGGCAUGAGAAUCGCAGAGUUUCCUUUGAAUCCCAUGUUUGCAAAAAUGCUGCUUGAAUCAGGAAAUUUUGGCUGUUCUCAGGAAAUUCUAAGCAUUGCAGCUAUGAUGCAAAUCCAGAAUAUCUUUGUGGUCCCCUCAAACCAGAAGUCUCAGGCAAUUCGAGUGCACCGAAAAUUUGCUGUGGAGGAGGGUGAUCAUCUCACUAUGCUCAACGUGUAUGAAGCGUUUAUCAAACACAAUAAAAACUCUCAGUGGUGUCAGGAACAUUUCCUGAAUUACAAGGGUCUUGUCAGAGCGGCGACAGUGCGAGAGCAGUUGAAGAAGCUUCUUGUCAAGUUUCAAGUGCCCAAGAAAUCUAGUGAAGGUGAUCCGGAUCCAGUCCUGAGGUGCAUUGUUUCGGGAUUCUUUGCAAAUGCAGCAAGGCUUCAUUCUACUGGAGCUUAUAGGGUUAUCUACAAUGAAGUUAUACAGACCUCCAAGUAUUACAUGAGAGAUGUGACGGCUAUCGAAUCCGCGUGGCUGUUGGAGCUGGCUCCACACUUCUAUCAACAAGGAACGCACCUGUCCCUCAAAGCCAAAAGGGCCAAGGUCCAGGACCAGUGAGCGGAGCUCGGCUGCUCCCGCAGGGGGCUUAGCGCCCUCUCCUCUACACUGUGGUCCCCUGGCCCUGGGCGGCGAGCUGGCCUCAGCUCACGUGGAGUCUUCUGCUGCUCUGAAGUGGGCUGCAGCCUGUUCGUUAGCCCCUUCCUUCCCGCUCCCCUCGGCAUCUGCGUUCCUUGCUGGGAUCCCGGGGGCAUUCAUGCAUGGGCGGGCACCCCUCUGCGCUGCACCCAGGCAGAGCGGGAGUGGGCAGGGCCGUGCACUCUGCUCACGCAGCGCCCCCGCUGACCCAGCAUGCCACUUCUGACUGGCUCCCGGUUCUGGCCCAGCUUCUUCGUGGGGCACGGGGAGGAAAGCUGGCCACGGCUGGAGCGCUGGGCAGGGUGCACGGGGAGGUGUGUGGGGCUGCCUUGGCUUUCCCUGGCGGGGCCCCGGCAGUGCUGCCGGGUGUGAUCGAGCGUGUGUCUGCGGACGAAUGAGACGGCCCUGCGGUGUCCGCCAGCAUCACUGAGGGGCGUGGCUGGCCGACGCAGGGGCUCCCAGACCGAGCAGCUUCUGUUUUCCCUCUGCGCCAUGACCCUGCCUGUCUGCGGCAGGAGACUCUCAAGGGUUGGUGAUCGACAGACACUGUUCUUUGUUAGCUCUCACAAGUGGGCUUAGCUUUCUCUGCGCGUAUGACACCACGGCCCGCCGCCGCUAGCUGAGCACUAGUGAGCUCGUGCGCUCACACCCUGGCGGGAACCCUCUGGCGCAGGAAUUCACAACAGUUUAGAGGCGCUAAGCUUCUGUAGCUCAGGAACAUAACUUGUAUAUUUUUUUUAUAUUUUUUUUUUUGUUUCUUUGCUUGGGUUCGGCAAGAACCCGGGGCGGCCCUCCCAGCAGGCCCUGGUUCUUUCGUCGCCCCAGGGCUUCUUCGUCGGGAUGGCGAUUGUGUUUCAACACGUGACCGAUGCAGGUUUCUCCCCUUACUGUUUCAGUGACCUUUAUUUAAAAAACACGUGGCUUGAAACUUUAUUUUUGUACUGGUUUUAGUUUGGAUGUGCCACUUUUGGCACCAAACAUGUAUGUCAUUUUUAUUUCCAUUUUGUAAACCUGUAAAUAAUAGUGGUAACUUGUUAAUAGUCGUAAACCUUUGUACCUCAAGUAAAUGUGUUCCCUCCUGCCCGUG